AUGUCGGAAAGUUCCAAAGUUUCGUCUCGUGUUGAGCACAUUGGUGUUGUCGCUGACCUCACCCUCAAACCUCAAUGCUCAUCCACAGCGCCGAGCAGGACAUCACCAAAUUUCCAGGUGUCAUCCACCCAAGUUCACAUCCCACACACAUCCCACCUGACAAGCAGCACCUCAUCUUUACCAGCAAGUGACUCGUCCACCCUCCACCUUGUUACAGCCGGCGAUGCGAAUGUGAACAUCUUGUGCUUUGACAGCAGCAGUACUGGUACAGGCUUGUGUUUUGGUAGACCUGGAGACAAUGAUGUGGAGAAAAUGCAAGCGGUACAAUCCUCCAUACCAGGUAGUGUUGGUGGUGAUGCGGUUGAAGCUGGGGAUGUUGAUGUGGAGUGGCUAGGUGAAGGCGUGUUGGGUGUCGUUGGCAGGGUGAUGUUUGUGGAGUUGGUAGGAGGGAAUGCGGGCUUGAGUGGAGAGGGAUAA